AUGGCAACAGAGAAGCCCAAGCUGCAACGCCAGGCUAUGUGCGACCGCUUGGCCAUGGAGUUUCAGGACGACUGGAUUGUGAAUCUUGGCGUUGGAAUGCCCACUCUGUGCUCCAACUACGUUGAUCCCUCUAAAGACCUGAUCUUUCACUCCGAGAACGGAGUUAUUGGCUACGGUCCCCUGGCCCCGCCGGGAGAAGAGGACAAACACCUGGUCAACGCCGGUGGGCAGAAUGUGGUCGCCUUGCCCGGAAUGGCUAUUGUGCAUCACGCCGAUUCCUUUGCCCUGAUCCGCAGCGGAAUGGUGGACGUGACGGUUAUGGGGGCCUACGAAGUGGCUGAGAAUGGCGAUUUUGCCAAUUGGCGCAUUCCAAAUCGCAAGGGUGGCGGCAUCGGUGGCGCCAUGGAUCUGGCGGCCUGCGCCAAGCAGGUCUUCAUUGCCAUGGAACACACGACGCGGGAAGGCAAACCCAGGAUGCUGAGACGGUGCGCCCUACCCAUUACUGCUCCCGGCGUGGUAACCCUGGUGGCCACAGACCUUGGCUUGUUCAAGGUGACUCCUCAGGGCCUCGAACUCCGCGAAAACGCACCGGGCUGGUCUCCGGAAGAAAUACAGGAACUGACGGAAGCCGAACUGAUAAUUGCGCCAGACUUGAAGGAGUUUCGGUUCAGGGACUAG